AUGAACUUUCCUAUCCUAAACUGUCUAAUCUUAUUCACCGUGCUCUCUUCAGAGACCACAAACGUCAAACUCGAACGAGAAGAUCAAAACCACCUCGUCGUUCUCAAUGAAAAAAAUUUCGAAAAGCUCACUCAAUCAUCCACCGGAGCUACCACUGGUAUAAACUAUAAAUUAUUUAUCUAUCUCUUAAUUAUUUACAUUUUUAAAAAAAUAUUUUAUUUUAUGGAAAAUUAUAAAGUUAAUAAUACCGUAAAGCAGUAA